GUAGGGACAAUUUCUCUGGGCCAAAGCCAUGAGGUUUUUGUUGUGGAACGCAGUCUGGACAUUGUUAGCCACGUCUUCCAGCGGGGCUCUGAUCCCCGAGCCCGAAGUGAAAAUCGAAGUUCUGCAGAAGCCGUUCAUCUGCCAUCGCAAGACAAAGGGAGGGGACUUGAUGCUGGUCCACUAUGAGGGCUACUUAGAGAAGGACGGCUCCUUGUUUCAUUCCACCCACAAGCAUAACAACGGGCAGCCCAUUUGGUUUACCCUGGGCAUCCUGGAAGCUCUCAAAGGCUGGGACCAGGGACUGAAGGGGAUGUGUGUCGGAGAGAAGAGAAAGCUCACCAUCCCUCCCGCCCUGGGCUAUGGAAAAGAAGGAAAAGGUAAAAUUCCUCCCGAGAGCACACUGAUAUUCAACAUCGACCUCCUGGAGAUUCGAAACGGACCGAGAUCUCACGAGUCCUUCCAAGAGAUGGAUCUUAAUGACGACUGGAAGCUCUCUAAGAAUGAGGUUAAAGUGUAUUUAAAGAAAGAGUUUGAAAAGCAUGGGGCAGUGGUGAAUGAGAGCCACCACGAUGUCUUGGUGGAGGAUAUUUUCGAUAAAGAAGAUGAAGACAGAGAUGGGUUUAUAUCUGCCAGAGAAUUCACAUACCAACACGAUGAGUUGUAGAGACGUCUGCCCGUUCUCUGUAACAGCCGUCAUGAAACAGAAGGCAAAUUGCUGUUACAUUUUUUAAGUAUCUUGUUGUUGGUUUUUCUUUUGUAUUUUUAUAUAUAUUGUUUCUAUUAUUUAAAGAACCCCUUAAGUUCGCUGAGUAUGCAUUUGUCUGUUAAGUUAUUGGAACAAUUUGAGGAGAAGACCUCUGGACCAGUUUCUGCCUUUCACGUGUG